GCCAAAGCAGAAAAGACCAGAGAACGAAGAAGAAAUCCAGAAAUUACCAAUUUCUUUUUUGUUUAAUCGGUUUCAGGAAAAGUGAAGAAACGAAAGAGAGAAGAAGAAGAAGAAGGUGAGAUGGGAGUGGAUUAUUACAAGGUUUUACAGGUUGAUAGAAGUGCUAACGACGAUGACCUUAAGAAAGCUUAUAGAAAACUCGCUAUGAAAUGGCAUCCCGACAAGAACCCUAACAACAAAAAAGACGCUGAGGCUAAGUUCAAGCAGAUCUCUGAAGCCUACGAUGUUCUUAGCGAUCCUCAAAAGAGAGCGGUAUAUGAUCAAUACGGUGAGGAAGGGUUAAAAGGGAAUGUGCCACCUCCCAAUGCUGGUGGUGGAGCCUCAUACUUCUCAACAGGAGAUGGACCUUCAUCUUUCAGAUUCAACCCGAGAAGUGCGGAUGAUAUAUUCGCUGAGUUUUUCGGGUUCUCGACCCCGUUUGGUGGUGGUGGUGGAGGGCAGAGAUUCGCUAGCCGCAUGUUUGGUGAUGAUAUGUAUGCCUCUUUUGGUGAAGGAGCAGGUGGUGGAGGAGCUAUGCAUCAUCAUCACCAUCAUCAUCAUCACGGUGCAGCUAGGAAAGUGGCUCCUAUCGAGAACAAGUUGCCUUGUAGCCUUGAAGAUCUCUACAAAGGAACCACCAAGAAGAUGAAGAUCUCUAGGGAGAUUGUAGAUGUCAGCGGCAAGGCAAUGCAAGUGGAAGAGAUUCUAACGAUUGGAGUGAAACCCGGGUGGAAGAAAGGCACAAAGAUCACAUUCCCAGAGAAAGGCAAUGAGCAUCCAGGUGUGAUUCCAGCGGAUCUAGUCUUCAUCAUUGACGAGAAACCCCAUCCAGUGUUUACCCGUGAGGGCAACGACCUGAUUGUCACACAGAAAGUCUCACUAGCUGAUGCCUUAACAGGCUACACUGCAAACAUAACGACCCUUGAUGGUCGUACACUUACAAUCCCGAUCACAAACGUGAUCCAUCCAGAGUAUGAAGAGGUGGUUCCUAAAGAGGGAAUGCCACUUCAGAAAGAUCAGACGAAGAAAGGGAACUUAAGGAUCAAGUUCAAUAUCAAGUUUCCAGCGAGGUUAACUGCAGAACAGAAAGCUGGGUUUAAGAAGCUUAUUGGGUGAUGAUUAAAGCUUCUCUCUCUCUCUUGUGAUGUGUGGAGAUUGGGAUAAAUUUGGUAAUAUACGAUUUAUAGGGAA